GGUGCAGCGGGCGGCAUGGCGAGCACGGCGUCGGAGAUCAUCGCCUUCAUGGUCUCCAUCUCGGGCUGGGUGCUGGUGUCCUCCACGCUGCCCACCGACUACUGGAAGGUGUCCUCCAUCGACGGCACGGUCAUCACCACCGCCACCUUUUGGGCCAACCUGUGGAAGACGUGCGUUACCGACUCCACCGGAGUCUCCAACUGCAAGGACUUUCCCUCCAUGCUGGCGCUGGACGGUUAUAUCCAGGCAUGCAGAGGACUUAUGAUUGCUGCUGUCAGCCUGGGCUUUUUUGGUUCCAUAUUUGCACUCUUUGGAAUGAAGUGUACCAAAGUCGGAGGCUCAGAUAAAGCCAAAGCUAAAAUUGCCUGUUUGGCUGGGAUUGUAUUCAUACUGUCAGGGCUGUGUUCAAUGACUGGCUGUUCCCUGUAUGCAAACAAAAUCACAAAGGAAUUCUUUGAUCCUUUCUUUGUUGAGCAAAAGUAUGAAUUAGGAGCUGCUCUGUUUAUUGGAUGGGCAGGAGCCUCACUCUGCAUAAUUGGUGGUGUCAUAUUUUGCUUUUCAAUAUCUGACAACAACAAAGCACCCAGAAUGGGAUACCCAUACAAUGGCGCCGCAUCUGUCAUGUCUUCUCGGACAAAGUAUGGCGGAGAGGGAGAUUUUAAAACCACAAACCCUUCAAAACAGUUUGAUAAAAAUGCUUAUGUCUAAAAGAGCUCCGCUGGCAAGCUGUAUCUUGAGUUUGUUAUAAAAGUGAACUGUUCACAAAAUGAUCCCAUCAACGCCCUCCUGUAAUUAACACUCAAAACUGUUUUUAAAAUAUCAAUUUGAAGUAUUUGUUGAUUGUACGGAUGUAAAUGUUCUUACACAGUGAUAUACUAAUCACUUUCUGUUGUGGCUUUCUAUAAAAAAUAAACAGGUUAUUUACAGGAUUUGUAAUAUAUUUUAUACAUUUAUAGAACAUGUAUUUAGUACCAAAGGUUCAAGAAGUAUUCAUAAUAUAGUUCUUUUUAACAUUCAUACAUGAAAGUCUUCGUCCCCACUCCUUGUUUCUUUCCAUUCGCUUAUGAAACAGAAUGUUUAUAAGGAAGGGUGUCUUAUUAACAGUAUGGGGACAAUCUGAGACCGUUCCCCAAAAGGUGUCCAGGUUAAAUGGAUGUUACUGGUUGCACAGAGUUGACAUCCACCUAGUUUCUUAGCAAUCGACUUAUGGUCUGUCACGACUGCAAUUCAGUAUGAUGGCUUGGGGAAGGGCUCAUGGGGCCAAGACGUUAUUGCCCUUUUCGUGGCACCUCCACCUUAAAUAACUGCUUAGGCUUCUGAGGUGGGGCAUCAGCAGAGCUGUGCUGGGGACACUGGUCGUGGUGAUUCUGGAGCCAAUAAAGGUAACACACCAUACAUGCCUUAACUCACUCACCCCUCACAGCCACCCUGAGGUCAGUAUUUUUAUCUUGCAUUUACAGGGGAGAAAAUUAAAGCAGAGUUUUAAAUAACAUGCCACAGUAGUGACAAAACCAGGACUUUGAACCGAGGCAGUCUAGAGUAAAAUAUAUUGUUCUAAGCUGUGAAUAAGAACUGGCAUCUGUGUUAUCUGUAAGAAACUGUCCAAUAUGCACCAAACGUGCGUGAAUAUAACAUUUUCCUGAAGUGCAAAAGACUUAAAAUCGCAUUGUUGGCAGGUAGUCAAUGGAAAGAAAAGGAAAUGAACAAGUUUGUUAAAUAAAUCCCAUACUUUGAUAAACUUGAAGUAUCUUUUCCAGAAAUAUGAAUUAACUGAAAGACAUAAAGGUAGGUUAGGUGCUGCAGACCACUACGGGGGACAGGGUUGUGUAGGUACGUGUUUAAAACAAAAUUAUUUAUUCAGAGCAGAGGUGGUGAGGAUGAUGUUUCGAUUAUACUGAGGAACUGAGGGAGGGCAGGGCAUGAAGGUACAGAGAAGCCACAUUAGGGAUCAGCAACAUGUUAGCUUGGCAUCCACGAGGGGCAAUGUGAGAUAACAGUCCAAAGAAAAAGGAGCAAACCAAAUCUAGAAGAAAAGAACGUUAUGCCCAAACAGAUAAGUUAAAGGGGUGGCUUUUACAAUACAGAUGCACCGACUUAAAUAUUGGGUUUACUUAGUAGAAGUUCAGGGCUCCCCAAGCCUUGGUGCUCAGGAAUAAGGACACAGAACUUGACAGAGAUCUGGUUUAGAGCCCGCUUUUGUCACUUCCCAAUUGUACAACCUUUGGCAAGUUACUAAACUCAGUUUCUCACAUCUUUAGGGAGAGGAUUAUAACAAUAACUGCAUUUCCAAGUUGUUCUAGUUAAAUGGACUAAUGUGUGUUAAAAA